GGUAAUACCGCAACCAUAAUCUUAUCGUGUUUCAGUUUCAUCUGCAGCUUCAUCUUCUCUUCACUCCUCCGAUCCCAAUUUGCCUACCAUGUCAGCCGACAGCCCCGGAGAAAAGCGUGGCUUUCGGGCCUUCUUUGCCCAUGCUCUCCGACCCAAAAAAUCCCGACAAGUCCUCCGCAAGGGCUCCUCCGCAUCCACCCCAGACCUCCGAGCCGAGUUCCAGCGAUCCAGCAUAACCAGCGAAGAUGUCCCUCCGUUGCACUCCCUGGCCCCAUUGGAGGCUCAUCGCCUCAAAUACCGCGAGAUCAAUGCCAACAAAGACACUCAGCUCGGUGAAAGCCGCGAUCCCACCGAAAUGCUGCACGCCAUUGGAGUUCAGGACAUCGAUCCCGCGGAUCCCUAUGCCAACGCCGAGUUCGACACUCGCCCUCCUGGCGAGCCCAUGAUCGCCAGCCUCUCCCCAACUCUCUGGGCCCUGGUAUUCGAGUACCUCACGCCUACCGACCAAGCCAGCCUCGCCUUUACCAGCAAAACCUUCCAUUCUCUCCUCUCCUUCCAAGAUCCCUGGCAAGCCCUGAACGACCCCUCCAACCACGACUACAAAGCCGACUUCCUCGUCACACAAGACCGACAGUAUCCCCAUCACCUCCUUUGCUUCCCUUGCGCACGUUAUCAUCGCCGCACGCAGGAAGGCCACGAGAAACUCCAACCUGCCAAUGUAGUCAACCCGCUCUUCGACUGCCCGAACAUGCGCAACCCGCUCCUCCCACCUCCACGACACCGCAUCACCCACGGCCGUACCAUGCCCUUCAGCUUCGUCCAGCUCGUCAUGCGCGCGCACCGAUUCUCUCCCUCCUAUGGCAUUCCCCCGCAAUCCCUCUCCCGCCGUUGGCGCCGCGACGACUGGUCCCAUCAUACCCGCUUCCACAUCCACAAAGGCCACCUGCUGAUGCGGGUAAUCAGCACGCGCUUCGCCGAUCCCGGCCUGCCUCCCAGCUCACAACGACUCCUCCUAUACUCCCGCGAAGACUACUGGCCAUAUUUCUCCGCGUGCGCGCACUGGCGCGACGGCGAGCUCAUGAACGCCUGCAAAUGCGCCCUUGGUCACAUCCCCGUUCCCCGCGACACCAGUGCCCUCCAGGGUCUCGAACACCGGGCCAAAGAUGUCAUGGCCCGGCGUCUCCACAACCCUAAUGCCCUGACGACACUAUGCGGGAAAUGUCGCCCCAUGCGUCGCUGCCCUGAAUGUCCGUCCGAAUACCUCAUUGAGAUUAAGUUGACGGAGGAUCGCGCAGAUCCGCGCGCACUGCGCUUCCGGCACGCCAUUGUGGUCACACGCUGGUGUGACCUGGGGGAUGGAAGCUCCCCGCGGCUGUCGAGGGAGUGGGCGGCGUGUAAUGGGCUGUUGGAGGGGUAUGAUUCGUUCCAGAUGUUAGGGAAGCGGUCUAUCUCGGGGAUUUUUGAAUCGUCGAUUACGGAUGAUACGUUACCUGGACAGCGCAUUAUCUCGAUGAAUCCGAAGGGCAAGAAGAUGGGUGAGGAGGGAACGGGGUGGUAUUGACUAUCUUGUCUGACUCUGGCAUUGUAUUGUUUUGGUUGUGUUUUACUGGUUGUUUGAGCUAUGGACGGGAGUUUCAUGGUUGGUGCAUUGGGCCGGCGGAUAACCGAUAUAGACUGACAAUGGCGUGCAGGUGUGAUGCUUUUGUUUCAUUAGUAGGCAUACAUAUGAAUGUACUUUAGACUGCAGUCUACCUAAUUACCUUUCACAUCGCUAUUCCUAUACCCGACAACAG